AUUUGACCUUCUUUCAUUAGAGUGGGUAGGCUAGAUGCGUUGUUCAUAAAUAAGGACAGAAAGGCGAAACCUUAGCUCCAGUCCUAUGCUGGCUUGAUCAACGAGAAUAGCGAGAUACUCCCUUCUCAUUCUGUCUAGCAAAUGUCCCUUUAGUUUCUCUCAAGAAAACAAGUCGGCUAUGUCUUGAAGAUCAGGCGAGGACCAGAAAGGAAGGUGGGAGUGUGAGGAGAGCAGUGUUGUAAAGGAGAAGGGCGACGAACGAGACAAAAGAGGCUGCGGCUGCAUUGAAUGUGGUGGUGUCCGACUCAGAACCCACAGUACAACCUCGCCACAUUUGCUUUUUAUUCUAGAGAGGAAGAAUAUUUUUUUUUAAGAAUUCGGCGCCCAGAAUGUUUCCUCAAAACCGACCUCCGGCACCUCUCCAGCCACCCCCUGGGUCUUCAGCGUCUGCGGCGGCAGCUGCAGCCUCGGGAGCCCCCCAGGCCCUAAAGCUCACCUACCCAGAGACCCUGGACCGCAUCAAGGAGGAGUUCCAGUUCCUCCAGACCCAGUACCACAGCCUGAAGAUGGAGUGUGAGAAACUGGCCACAGAGAAGACUGAGAUCCAGAGACACUAUGUUAUGUAUUACGAGAUGUCCUACGGCCUUAAUAUUGAAAUGCACAAACAGACGGAGAUCGCCAAGCGCCUGAAUGUGAUCUGUGCCCAACUCAUCCCUUUCCUGUCACAGGAGCACCAACAACAGGUGGUCCAGGCCAUGGAGCGCGCCAAGCAGGUGACUAUGGGGGAGUUAAAUGCAUCGAUAGGGCAACAGCUGCAGGCGCAGCACCUCUCCCAGCACGUGGCCCAGGGUUUGCAGGGUCUGCACAGUAUGCAAAUGGGGCCCCAUCCUGGGGGCCUCCCUCACCCUGGCCUGGCACUGGGCGGAGGGUCCAGCCUCUUGGCUCUGUCUGGGGCCCUGGGGGCCCAGCUGGCUGCCAAGGAGGGCCACGAGAGGGCCCACCUGGAGGCUGCCGCUGCUGCAGCUGCCGCAGAGCACCACAGAGGCUGGCUGCGGGGACGCGGGGCGAUGCUGCCCAUCAUGGACGUAGACCGUGAAGCGGGACCGAGCUCUAUGUCCAACGGGGAUAAGGGCCGUACAGCAGACUACCUCAGCAACGGGAAGAAGAGGAGGGCAGACGAGAAGGAGUUCAUGACGGACUAUGGCAGCGAUGCGGAUAAGAGUGAUGAUAAUUUGGUGGUGGAUGAGGACCCCUCGUCCCCCCGCAGUGUCCACUCCUACUCCUCUCGAGAAAACGGCCUGGACAAGUUGCCCCCGUCUCGUAAAGACGCCCCUCCCCAGGCCAGCCCUGCGUCCCUGGCCUCCUCCAGCAGCCAAGCCUCCCCCUCCCGCAGCAAGGACCGGGAGCCACCGAGGGAGAAGUCCAGUACCCCAGGUAUGAAGCCAGGCACCCCCCACGGUUCCCAGGACUCCUCCACCCCCGGCCCCAGUGCGCCCCCACAGUUCCGGCCCGUCCCUGGCAAAGCUGGCGUUGACCCUCUGGGUAAAACCAAGAACAUCAUGGAUCACAUGUCUCUGGGUCUGAGGAACCCUCUGGCGGUGCAGGGAGCAUAUCCCCCCGGGGCAUUUAGCCUGCCCCCUCCAGGAGUGAACGGGGAGCUGGCGGGGGCAGCGGCAGCCUAUGGGGCGGGGCUCCAUCUGGUCUCCCCCCAGAUGAACGGCUCUGCAGCCGCCGCAGCUGCAGCCGGAUAUGGACGAUCACCAGUGGUGGGCUAUGAGUCUCCUCACCCCCACAUGAGGGUACCAGGGUUACCCGCCAGCCUGCAGUCCACUGCCUCAGGGAAACCUGCCUACUCUUUCCAUGUAAGUGCGGAUGGACAGAUGCAGCCGGUGCCUUUCCCUCCAGACGCCCUGCUGGGCCCGGGCAUCCCGCGGCACGCCCGGCAGAUCCACACUCUGAACCAUGGAGAGGUGGUGUGUGCCGUUACCAUCAGCACCUCCACACGCCACGUCUACACCGGCGGCAAGGGGUGUGUCAAGGUGUGGGACAUCAGCCAGCCUGGCAGCAAGAGUGCCAUGGCCCAGCUCGACUGUCUGAAUAGGGAUAACUACAUCCGCUCCUGCAAACUCCUCCCUGAUGGCCGGACCCUCAUCGUUGGAGGCGAGGCUAGCACACUGUCAAUCUGGGACUUGGCCACACCCACUCCCCGCAUUAAGGCGGAGUUGACGUCUUCUGCCCCGGCCUGCUACGCUCUGGCCAUUUCCCCCGACAACAAGGUCUGCUUCUCCUGCUGCAGCGACGGAAACAUUGUAGUCUGGGACCUGCACAACCAGACCCUGGUUAGGCAGUUCCAGGGCCACACUGACGGGGCCAGCUGUAUUGAUAUCUCCAACGAUGGGACCAAACUGUGGACGGGGGGGCUGGACAACACAGUACGCUGCUGGGACCUGAGAGAGGGACGACAGCUGCAGCAGCACGACUUCACCUCACAGAUCUUUUCUUUGGGCUACUGUCCUACAGGAGAGUGGCUGGCAGUGGGCAUGGAGAGCAGUAAUGUAGAAGUGCUGCAUGUCUCCAAACCAGACAAGUACCAGCUGCACCUCCAUGAGAGCUGUGUGCUCUCCCUCAAGUUUGCCUACUGUGGUAAAUGGUUUGUGAGCACAGGCAAAGAUAACCUUCUGAACGCAUGGCGGACACCCUAUGGAUCAAGCAUAUUCCAAUCAAAGGAGUCGUCUUCUGUGCUCAGCUGUGACAUCUCCCCUGAUGACCAGUUCAUUGUGACAGGCUCGGGUGACAAGAAGGCCACUGUGUACGAAGUCAUCUACUGAUGAGGGAGCACUCUGAUUGGAUAAAGUGGGGGUGAGGCUCCCUUGGCGCACCACCAAUGGACUGUAAAGAGAGUGGUGGGCGUCGUGGAGACCAGAGACACAUUGUACUUUGUUUUAUUUACUUUCGUAAAGGAUGCAGAUGAGGGUGAAGUCGAAUAUCUGGAACUUUGACCUUAAAAAAAAUAUGCUCAGAAAAAGCUGGUAGUCUAGUGACACAAAACGUGGGAUUCCUCCAAAGACCUCUGAUUUUCCCUCACCUUUUUUCUCUCUUUUUUUUACAAAAUGAAAAAACAUAUUUUUUUAGCCUUAGAAUUCAUGAUGAGCAGUAGGACCAUGGUGUGUGCACAGAGGGAGAUAAGGGGGUUGUGAGUGCU